GUAGAUGAUUUAAAGAUAAAGAAUAAGAUAGACAAGAACAAGAGUGAUAAGGAACUUAUAGUUAUAGAGGAGAUUGAUGUAGACUUGCCCAUACAUAAGGAGUACUUUGAUUUGUACAAGUAUGAUGUGCCAGUAUGCAUGGUGGACAAGAAGCUAUUGUUCAAGCAUCGUAUCAAUGAUGAAGAUAAACUAUACUAUGAGAUUGAUCGAUUGUUCCAACAAGCUCAACAACAAGACAAGACUACACUG